AUGAAGUACAUUCUCCUGCUGAUCUGCCUAGCUGUUCUCGUCAGCAAUUCUGAUUGUCUCAUAUUGGACAAGCUGUUCAACAUACUACCUAGCGGUAUUCAGACGCUUAUCAAGAAGAUAGUGUAUUGGGCGUGUCCACAUGAGAAGCUGAUGGAGAUCAGAUUGCGUGGUGAAGGUGAGGCUAGUGGAACUUCGAAGACGGUGAAGAAGACAGUUAGUGAGAGUCGUAAAUAA